CUCCUCCCUUCUGCUCCUCCUUUGUCAGAAGCUCGCAAUUGGUUAAGCGUGUUGCCAAGCUCCGUAUGCUGCUCGGCCAUUGGAGGCCGCCGGCCCGCCCCCGCCGGCUGGGUGAAGGUGAGAGUCUCCUCCGGUCGCCGUGGCCAGCCGGGACCGAGCUGCUCCAGGCGCAGGGUGAGAACUCUGGGCGGAUUCUUGCUCUCUCGCCAUGGCGCCUCCGUCAGUCUUUGCCGAGGUUCCUCAGAGCGAGCCGGUCCUGGUCUUUAAGCUUACUGCCGACUUUAGGGAGGAUCCGGAUCCCCGCAAGGUCAACCUGGGAGUGGGAGCGUAUCGCACAGAUGACUCCCAGCCCUGGGUUCUGCCAGUAGUGAGGAAGGUGGAGCAGAGGAUUGCUAACGACAGUAGCCUAAACCAUGAGUAUCUACCCAUCCUGGGCCUGGCAGAGUUCCGGACCUGUGCUUCUCGCUUAGUCCUUGGGGACAACAGCCCAGCUAUCAAAGAGAAGCGGGUUGGAGGUGUGCAGUCUUUAGGGGGAACGGGUGCACUACGAAUUGGAGCUGAGUUUUUAGCACGAUGGUACAAUGGAACAAACAACAAGAACACACCUGUCUACGUAUCCUCACCAACCUGGGAAAAUCAUAAUGGUGUAUUUUCCGCCGCUGGUUUUAAAGAUAUUCGGACCUAUCACUAUUGGGAUGCAGAGAAGAGAGGACUUGACCUCCAGGGUUUCCUGAAUGAUCUGGAGAAUGCUCCUGAGUUCUCCAUCUUUGUCCUCCAUGCCUGUGCACACAACCCAACUGGCACUGACCCCACCCCGGAGCAGUGGAAACAGAUUGCUUCUUACAUGAAGCGCCGAUUUCUGUUCCCCUUCUUCGACUCAGCCUAUCAGGGCUUUGCAUCUGGAAACCUAGAGAAAGAUGCCUGGGCUGUUCGCUAUUUUGUGUCUGAAGGCUUUGAGCUCUUCUGUGCCCAGUCCUUCUCCAAGAACUUCGGGCUCUACAACGAGCGAGUGGGGAAUCUGACUGUGGUUGGAAAAGAAGCUGAUGGCAUCCUGCGGGUCCUUUCCCAGAUGGAGAAGAUUGUGCGAGUUACUUGGUCCAAUCCUCCAGCCCAGGGAGCAAGAAUCGUGGCUCUGACCCUGUGUAACCCUGAGCUCUUUGAGGAAUGGACGGGAAAUGUAAAGACAAUGGCUGAGCGGAUUCUGACCAUGAGAUCUGAACUCAGGGCACGAUUAGAAGCCCUGAGGACCCCUGGAACCUGGAAUCACAUCACUGAUCAAAUUGGCAUGUUCAGCUUCACUGGGUUGAACCCCAAGCAGGUUGCAUACAUGGUCAAUGAAAAGCACAUCUAUCUGUUGCCAAGCGGUCGGAUCAACAUGUGUGGUUUAACCACCAAAAAUUUGGAUUAUGUGGCCACCUCCAUCCAUGAAGCAGUCACCAAAAUCCAGUGAAGAAACACCAUCCCGUCCAGCACCACCAAAGCAAUUCUGUCAUGUGUGUUCCCUGCCUGCACAAACCUAGAUGUACAUAUCAUGGAUUGGAGACCACUGAAGGACUGGAAGUUUGGUCUGGCGAGGUGGCCUUUGUUUAAAUUGGUCCCACGUAAACAGAACAUCCCUUGAAUUUUUUGGCCUGGGGUUAGCGCCUUUUGGAGGCCAGAGCAAAUUAAGGUUUUUAUUUAAGAAUAAAAAAGUACUUGGAUCAUGAGCUGUAGGUAUCUUGCCCCCCUUGUUAGAGGCAGGAAUGUGUGCAUGUGUGCUACACGUGGCUCGACUCCGUACAAAGUCCUGUCCCAAAGAUCAAGUUGUCUGAAGGAGCCAAAGUACAAUUGUAGGAGUUGGUUGUGGGCAUUAAAACUCAUCAUCUCGACCCAGAGUGUCUUUAUCUCCCUGCUCUUUCUGCAUGGUUGUGUCCCUAGUCCUAAACUUUAGUUCUUUAGGGUGACUGUGAUAAGAAAUAUAUUUAAUCAUGACACAUACAAAGAUACACACACAUAUUUAAUUGAAAAAAAUGUUUCACAAAACAGUAUACUCUUGUUAUGUGUAGUGCAUUCCGGUAUUUUCUAGUCUGUUCUAUUGUGUUCUACUUCACUAAGAAAAUAAAAUAAAAAUGCUAAGCAAGA